UUUAACAUUACAGUAUGUAAACAUUUUCUAGUAGAAACACACAAUACAAGUAUGAACCUGAAAAUGAGCAUGAUAUGGGACCUUUAAAUGGUUUGCAGUAAAUGUUCCUGACGUGUAGUGACGGUGUAGAAACAGCAGAUGGCGACAGUGCGUCGUCCGCCCACCAGCAGCUCUCAGUACAGGCCUGAUGACAGCAGCGAUAGCAACAACCCCCUGCCUGUCUGUCGGUAACACCUACAGUCACUACAACAACAUCCCCAGAGCAGCAGUCCGAUGCUCGGUCUCCUAUCAUCCAGACACGCUGUUCAGACGCUUCAAGAAGGGCUUGUCUAAUAGGCGGCGGCGACCUUCAUGCUGAAAGCUCAAACGUUGUCCGAUGGAUCAUGGUGGUCAGCUUGAGAGGGAGGGCAGAGUAAUGUCACAAGUUCAGGUGGGCGGGGCUGACCUCUGUGAUAACCUUCCCAGCCCCGAAGCUCUCACUGGCCAAACUCGAAAUCUCAACGAGACAAACGCGCUCGCACAGUCUCAAAGUCUCUCUACUUCACAAAAUGAAGAGGCAGGAGGGCUCAUCCAAAAAGCCUCUGUCAACAACAAUGGGAAGGACAUGGAGGAGGAGGAAGAAGACAUUGAUGAGGUGAUGAAGGAAGAUGAAGAGGAGGAGGAAUCGGAGGAAUCAAGCGGUCUAAUUCGCUGUCAGUCUCCUGACACUCCCAUGACUGACUCCUCCUAUUCAGAAACCGGCAGUCUGUUGGAGGCUCCAUAUCCUUUCAGCCCUGGGACCAGUCCAGAGCCUACAUCCCCUGUCAUUCCAGUGGUCAGCCCAGAAACUGCAUAUCCCAUCAGUCAAGUGGAACUGAGCCAGAGUGAUGUCAAAGUGGACUCUCAUGACACUGAAUCAGUUGCCUCCACCACAGGGUCCAUUACACUGGGACCCACCUUCACCACGGAGUCUAUAGAUUCUACGACACUAACUAUAACUUCAGAUACCAGGCCUACCAGCCCACCUGGGCCUACAGGAGCUACAGACAGGAUAGCAAAAAAUACUGACUUCACUACAGAACGUCUUACCUCAUCCACAGAGCCCGUCUUCAACCAUGGGCCCACAUGCGCCAGAGGGUUGGCUAGCUCACAUGCAGGACCUAUCACCUCAACUACAGAGACAUUAACAGUAACUUCUUGCACCACGGGGCUCAACACUUCCAUUGCUUCCACCCCUGUGAGCGGAACAGCAGGACCCCUUACCUUCACCACAGGGCCUACGACCACCGGUAAAGAAUCCAGUACCACCACAGGACCUAUAACCUCAAAUUGGGAACACAUUACCUCCACUCCAGUGGACACUUGUUUCUCAAUCUCCACCUGCGCCACGGGGCCUCUUCCAAGCCCUGCCCUCCUGGAGUCUCUGGAGGAUUUGGCACAAAGGGGAGAUGACACUCACCUUCCACAGUACCUUCACCAGAUUGCCGAGGCCUUUGUCCUUCACGAAGACUACCAGAAGGCGUUAUGGUGCAUCCAACUAGAGAGACUCUAUCACCAGAGAGUAUUGGACAACCUGAAUGCACUACAAGAACAGUGGGAGAGUCAGUGUAGAAGUUCUUCCUCCGACCUGGCAACCCAACAUCUGGACACUCUUAAAAACAUCUGCCAGACGCACAGUCGACCAGGAUCUAGAGAUGCUGAGUGUGCAUCUCUGGACCUUUUGAGGCCUACAUUUGAAGAAGGUGGUGCACUGCCUUCAUGUACCUCAGUCCAUCAGGUAGACAAAGGGAUGGAGCAGAGAGCCCAAGACUCCAGCCAUCCAGUCACACCCUCCAUUAAAUUGACUGAUGGGCUCAAUUCCCCUGAGGUCUCAGAACAGGACAGGGAAGACCCAGACAGGGAAGUAGAGGGGAGGGACUGUUUCCAUGGAGAUCAGCUGACUGACAAGCAAGGCAGCGAUAGAGAGGGAGGAGAGGCAGAAGGAGGGGUAGAAUACACCAUUUCAGCCAUAGGAAAUGGGCUACACCCCCCUACAGCUGGAGAAAUGGAUCAGUCCAAGCCCGCAGAGCAGCAGGGAGGAGAUUUAGGUCCCGCACAGGAAAAGGAGGCAAAAAGGGACGAAGAGAAGAGGGACGUGGAGGAGGCGGCCGAGGCUUUGGAGAUGGAGGAUGAGGGAGAGGAGGAAGAAGAGGAGGAGAGGCAGAAGGAAAGAGACUCUUCUCUCUGUCAGAAAGCUCUCUCAGUGGAGACUCUGGGCAGUGGGGCAGAGGUGGAGGUACAACAGCUGCACCAGGAAGCCCUAGCUGAGGAGAAGCUACAUGAGCAGACCCAGGAGGCCCAUCUUCCUCAAGAGGCUCACAUGAAGCAGCAGGAGCAGGAUGAGGAGGAGGGGGAAGAAUGGGAGGAAGAGGAGGAGUACGAAGUAGAGCAAAUUGACAUCAUCAGAGGAGCUGCCACACUGGAUGACAUGGCUAAACUCAUCACUAUACAGGAGAUGUCUCCUGCCUCUGGCCUGGUUUCCAUAUUGAAGAAGCGACACGUUUAUGUGGAUAACGUCAGUGUGUCUGCCAGCUUGGAGCCUCAACCUGACCAGAUCUCUGCCAAAAGACGCGUCCGCUUCAAAGUCCCUGAUGACGGCUAUGAGCAGGAUGUCGGCGGUGGAGACUCCUGCCUGCUUCUCUUCCUGCUUUGUCUGGUUACCGUGGUGAUCAGUGUGGGUGGCACCGCCCUUUACUGUGCCCUGGGCGAUCCCCACUCCUCAGUCUGUCAGGACUUCACCAGGAAUGCGGACUUCUACAUUGGCCAGAUACAGAGCGGGAUAACUCACAUCCAACACUGGUUUUCCCCCGGGUCAUAGCAGCAAGCAUCCUGUAACCACAUGUGGAGCCGCUGGCCAUACUGUUUAUCACUGAAGGCUCCGGCAGGCCCUGCUACUUCCUGGGACAAUGUUCCUGAGGUAAUGGCGCCAGGAAGCUGCUGCAGUCCCUGCCGCUAUGUGGAGCAAGUGGCUAUUAUGCUGCCUAAUUGGCUUAACGAUUCUAUCAGAUACGGUUGGCAUUUAUAAGCCUGCUCUACUGCAUUUUUAAUGCUCUUUGAAUACAAUCCCAGGGUUCAUUGAGCCUACAAGUCAUAGGUCAGACGUCCCUUUACAACAGGAGCUUGAAAGGGAAAGUAGAGCAGAGACAGAAAGAGGAUAACUGGAGAAUGGAGACGGCAUAACAGAAGAAGAACUGACCUGCGCUCCUCUCAAUCCUGUCCAGAUUAAAUAGGUUAUAAAUUCUCAAGCUAGGUUUAGACAUUUAUAAUGUGACUCAAGUGUCCUAUUGAACCAGCUUUGCGCUGUCUCCGCACACAUUCACUGUCAGCCAGUGAUACUUAAGCUUCAAAAGUCACUGGAGGAUAAAUCCACCACGACUGGAUACAAACUUUCACUGACUUCUCUGAUACUCAACUCCCUCAGUUAAGAAUAAGAACAAAGUAAUAACAGCUGCAGCCCACAGAGAUGUAGAAAUGUAUGUACAAUGUAUAGUUUGUUAACUGGGGGGCACAGAGAUGCUCUCUCUCUACACACACACACACACACACACACACACACACACACACACACACACUGCACAAAGGGGAAGUGGCCCAAUGGGCAUUUUACAAACUGCUGCAACCACUAGUGUUGCUUUUAUUGUUGACUUUUUUAAAAUCAAAAAUGAAAUUUUAAAAUGAACAAAGCAUUCUGUGGUCUACUACUUGGAAUGAAAUCAUUAUGUCUUAAUCAACUUUUGAAUGAAUGUUUGGAGUUUAAUGUUAAACUUUGUGUCACCUGUGGGGCAUUUCUGUAUUAUUCACAUUUGACAUGUCGCUGCCCUUUUCUCUACAACUUUUUUGCAGUGAGCUGACAUGGCUGCCACUGGGGACUAAAAGUCCAAACCACCCGUUUAUGGGUUUCAAUGAGCUACUGUAGAUUUAGCUUUGUGUAGCAUAUGCAACAUGUACAGGAACACAAUGCACCUCUGUAUAUAUUGUCAGAAGAAUGUUUUGACAUGUUGCACAUAAGACUGGUACGAUUUUUUUUUUUUUUUUUUUUUUAAAGAUAUUGCAAUAUUUCUACAGGAAUUGUGGUGUUGGUCCUGGACUAAACGCAGGCUUUACAUGAUUUGAUCAGAAUCUAAGAAAUAUCCACAAACAGUUUUCAGGUUCAGUGUGAAAGGUUCAUGCCAGUGAACAUCAGUUAUGCACAGAUAACUUGAACAUAAAACACUCAACUCUUAAGCGGGUCUGGCUAUGUAUGGAAUAUUUCUGUAAAACAUAUAAAUGAGAAUUGUACAAUUUAAUGUAGGAAAGAAAUAAUUACUCAGUGUACUCUAUCAGUACUGGCCUUGAUGUCGAUGGGAUCAUUUGAAGCUCUGUCUGCCUGUGUGUUUGCUGUUCUUGGGGAUUAUGGGCAUCACCCUCAGUGUGUGAUUGUCAAUGUUUACUAUUUGUUUUUUCCAAAAUAAUUCAGAAUGAUUUUUGCCACCACUUGGCCUCCUCAUCUAGUUAACAUUUGACAUUUCUGUUAACAUGUGUCUAAUGUGUUCAUCAUCUGCUGAGUCCUGGUUGGAUUUCUGGGUGGAGACCUGAGACAGGAAAAAUGCUUACACUCUUUCCAUGAAACCAAUCCUUUAUUCUAACGCCAGUGCUUUAACUCUCAUUUCUAAUUUAAAGCAAACUUUAUUUGGGUCAUUUUACUGCUUAAUCUCACUUUUUGCUUAGUCAGGCAUCCAUACUCUUUACGUGUCAUUUCAACAUAUUGCAAUGUUUGGUGUCCUGUGUUAGUCAUCUUUACUUUCAUGUGGUGUAGUAGUCGAUGCCAUGAAAACUGCCCUAGAAAAACCAUGUAUCUCACAGAGGUCUUAAUUGUCAGGAUGUCAGAGAUUCAAGUGUCUUACUUAUGCAUUUAUAACAGUUCAAGAUAAAACCGUGUUGUCUUUCUCUCAUGGUGUGUCACUCACAAGAACCUGAAAAUUAGUUUGAGAAGUGAGGUUUUCCCGGGACGUAUGGAGUGGUAGAUUGAUUCUUGUUUUUAUUUGCACAUGUCGUCUGGCUGGUUCAGAUGACCAUCGCUCAGAAAAAAACUCUUAUUUAAUCUUCUAGAUGAUAUUAAUUAUUUAUAAUACAAGGGAUGUCAAGUGUAGCCGGUUAAGAAAAAAAAAAGAAGAUCUUUUGCAUUUGUUUUUUGUUUUCUUCGCUUGAUUAUUGUCAUCACACAUCAGAUUUUUCAUCUCUUAUAUCACCAUUGUUCUUAAGGAGGCUUUGACAGAGAAUUUCUUAUUUUAUAAUCGAACUCUUCUGAAUACCAUCAUCAGGGUUAUUUAUUUUCAUCAAUUUUCCCUUAUCAGUUCCUGAAGAGGAUUUCAAACUGGUGAGUCCUUCUCAUCUUCUCAUCUUCACACACAGAUUUCUAAGAGUUCACAUUUCUUCCAUCGGUAAUCAUUGGAUAUAUUCUCAUUUGUUUUACGCAGUUGGUUUUUAACAGAACAUUCAGAAAUGAAUGAAUGAAAAGUCAUGUUUUUUGUGUAUGAAUCAGUACUGUGUACCACUGAGAUUCGCCUGAAGCAAGGCGUUUUAUGAAUUGUUUGAUGAAUUAUUCUUUCACUUUGUUCUUACAGAUUGUAAUAGGGACAUGAGGUUUUUAUUUUGUUGUUAAAAAAACACUUCUUCCCUGUUAUGUCUCCUGUUAAAGCCAUUGGAAAAAAGUUGUUUGUGAGCCUCCAUUUUGUCUGUCCUGCAAUAACACUGGCCGCUGUUAGUGUUCAUACAGUCAGAAGGUAAUUUAGACUUUUUAAAAAACGGUUUCAGUAUGCAGAGCUUUAAAAUGUACAGAUGCGUUAAAGUAGGCUGUCGGUAAGUCACACUAUGGAUGUGAUUGUCUCGGUCAUAGCUGCAAAAUUUAAUUGGGAUGACAUAAUUUAGCAGAAUAGACUCAUGCCUUACAAACAGUAGCCCAGUUGAUUUUCUACCACUUUCAGGGCUUUCAAGUUUGAUCUUCAGAGAAAAAUCCCCUCUUAUGUACAGUAUAGCCAAUUUACUCAUUCAGAGCAACAUGUGGAACAUAAUGAAUAGACUAAACAGUUAAAGGGCUGUUAUCACACACUUCUAUAUCAUUUUUCCUGCAGUACAUUUCCAUGUAUCUCUUUUGUAGAACAAGUCUUCUCGGACACAGGAUGCAUGUUUAAUUUAGCUGGAAGAUAAACUCACCUCUGAGCUUUAAUACAUUUAGAUUUAUACAUUUAUCAACUGAACUGCAAACCAAGUUGUCUGUUCAGUCUUCUUUUAAUGAUGCCAGUUACCUAUUUAAGACUAAUUACAAUAAUUUAUUCAUGGCCAUUGUGGAUUGCACUUGAUAUGUGAUAAUUUUACUCGUGAAAAUAUUUCAUCUUCAAUAGAAUACUGCUCAUAUUGACUGAUGAAAAAUAAUUAAAUGUGAUUAAGAAUAAAAACUUCCAGAGACAAAAUAGAAGAUGUAUGAUUGAUUGUAUCAGAUGAGAGAGGAUGUUUGUAUUCAUGAGUCAUGACUGAAUACUAAGGUCUAAGAGCACAUAAUUUAAUACAAACAUUACAGGACAUUGUCAUGGUACCUUCUUCGGUGGUGGAAGAAGUAUCCAGAUCAUUUAAGUAGCAAUACCACACUGUGAAAUGACUCCAGUACAAGUAAAAGUAUGUAAGUAAGUAUUAUGCUUUUGGAUAAUUGUUACCUGUGCAUUAAUGUGUACGUUGUAUUAUACUGCUGUAGUUUAUGGUUGCACUAAUUUUAACUACUUUACACUUUUCAAUUAUUUAUUAAUAGACAGAAAUUCCCCGUAGAAGACAGGAAAGAAUAUAACUGAUAAGUAAAGUUCAUGUAUGGAUUUUUUUUUUUAAUAUGCUUUCUUUAUUGAACUCGUGCUCAAUUAACAGAGGUGCAGAUACAUAAACAGUUGAACAAAAAGAAAAAAGACAAGACAAAAUAAUUACAUAUACAUUUCAUAAUGCCAGAGUUUGUGUUUAUGUUAUAUACAUCAUAUUAUAAUCAUUUAAUAAUGUAUAAGUCUUUAUGGCUUUUUUUGUUUUUAAUAUAGGGUAUGAUGGUGCUAUACUGUUUAAAUUCAUUAAUAAAGUGUAGGAAAGU